AUGGGGCGAUUAACGGCGUUGGGUAUUAUUGCGUUACUAUCAUCAGCAUUAGCAGCACCGGCGCCGCAGUUCUGUCAGCCUCCAUGUCCCAGCCUGUGUCCCUGUCCGCCCCCGCCGUGCCCCUGUCCCUGCCCGCCGCCGUGCGACGGUCCUACGACCUGUGGUGAUGGACCAGUCCGCACGCUACUCCAAAAGAAUUGCAUUCCGGAGCGUCUAAAAUCCAUUGGCUUCCAAGAAAUACCGGUACCAGGCGGCACCUUCUACAUCCAAUCCUCUCCUGACGUGAUAAUCCAGCCGCCCUCCAUUCUGGUGCGACCGAAGCGGCCCCAACCCAUCACACCACCGUCCAUCAUCGUCAGACCACCACCUCUCUCACCUAUAACACCAAGACCUAUUGUGGUCCGCCCCGCACCGUUGCCUCCAAUAAAUCCGCCUCCAAUGAUGGUGAGACCACCACCGUUAGCGCCAAUUAGGCCUCCGCCAGUGGUAGUUCGACCACCGCGACCAUGUCCAAUCCAGCCACCGCCAAUAUACAUCAACCCACCUGCAUUACCGGAGAUCAAUCCUCCCCCAAUUUACGUCCGACCACCAGCGCCAGCUUGCAUCCAACCGCCGACAAUCUGCUUCCCCAUGAGUGCUUUACAACAAUCCUCUCCCUGCCCACCACCCUGCCCACAACCGUCGCCGUGUCCAUGUGAAGAUCCUUGCCAAUCAUGUUACUAA